GGGCGCUGGCCGCGGUGCUGAAACGGCGCCCUCCGCCGACGGAGGAGGAGGCGGGGCUCUCGGGAGCUGUGAGCCGGGAAGGGAGAGGGGCAGGGCGGCGCCAGCAGGCCUGAGGCCCUGGCGGGCUUGGGAGGAGGCAGGAGACUGGAGACAGCCUCGGCUGGAGCAGAUACAGGCACCUGGCAAACUUCCCUUGACCAAGCCAAGGCUGUCCUUGUCCUGUUAAGCCUCUUCCCCUUGCCUUGGAUGGGCCUCACCUGGUGCCUUGACCACAGAUUUCUCCCCAAACCCCGCCGGGCGGUGACCUGCUUCUAGGCUUCCAUCCACAAAGCCACGGACUUGCAGCCCACAGGACCCCAGCCCAGGGCCUGCUGCCCUCACCAUGGUGAAAUUGCUGCCGGCCCAGGAGGCAGCCAAGAUCUACCAUACCAACUAUGUGCGGAACGCGCGGGCUGUGGGCGUGAUGUGGGGCACGCUCACCAUCUGCUUCUCCGUGCUGGUCAUGGCCCUCUUCAUCCAGCCCUACUGGAUCGGCGACAGCGUCAACACACCGCAAGCAGGCUACUUCGGCCUUUUCUCCUACUGCGUGGGUAACGUGCUGUCCUCCGAGCUCAUCUGCAAGGGCGGUCCCCUAGACUUCUCCUCCAUCCCCUCUAGAGCCUUCAAGACUGCCAUGUUCUUUGUGGCCUUGGGCAUGUUCCUCAUCAUUGGCUCCAUCAUCUGCUUCAGCCUGUUCUUCAUCUGCAAUACAGCCACAGUCUACAAGAUCUGUGCAUGGAUGCAGCUGGCUGCCGCCACAGGCCUAAUGAUUGGCUGCCUGGUCUACCCUGACGGCUGGGACUCAAGUGAGGUGCGGCGCAUGUGUGGGGAGCAGACGGGCAAGUACACGCUGGGCCACUGCACCAUCCGCUGGGCCUUCAUGCUGGCCAUCCUCAGCAUUGGCGAUGCCCUCAUCCUCUCCUUCCUGGCCUUCGUGUUGGGCUACCGGCAGGACAAACUCCUCCCUGAUGACUACAAGGCAGAUGGAACCGAGGAGGUGUGAAGCAGAAGGAGCUAAAGGGUCGGUCAUCUAUUUCUCAGACAAUGGAAAACUAGAAAAUUGAAUUCUUCAAAGUUAAGAUACUUGUUCUUCCGUUUCCUUGUUCCGGGAUGCUCUAGGCCUGAAGCCUGAAGCCUUUAACACUAAAACUGGACAGUCUCCUGAGACAAGACCUCCUACUGUAUUCUUUCAGGUGAAGCAGAACUGCAAUGACCCACAUCAAAGAUAUUCAAAGGCUGAGCGGUGUAAGGAGUGCUCGCCUGCUGGGGACCCAAGUCCUCUUUUUAGCUCCACGCAGCACCUUCUUGAAGCCUCUCCUCUGCAAAUUGAGAGGGGUAAAUGGGUCCCUCUCUAGGGGCCUUCCCUCCAGGUCUGUGUCUGAUGGCUUUUACACACACACAGAAACACACACACACGACCAACCAGCUCUAAGAGGGCUACUGAAGAAGAGGUGAUUGGAUAUGUGCUGGGUCAUUUUAGGGUGAGGUGUCGGGGUUUUUUUGCUUCUCCGUUCUCAUAUUUUGUUUUCUUAUUCCUGCUCAGAGGGCGGUAAGCAAUGGAGAGGUCAUCAGAACCUGAAUCCUUUAACAUCCACCAGGAGGCGGUACAGGCAGCUGAUGCACUUGUAUAAACAGUCUAAUUUUGCCAUUUGGAGGGCAAUGCUUGUUUUUGUACUAAAAUGGGCAAAAACUAGAUCUAAAUUAAGGACAACAGGCAGAGAUUAUUUAAAAAAGUGAACUUGGAAGGAUAUAAAAUCAAAUUGAACAUACAUGUUAGAAACUCUCCUACCUUUAUAAGAAAUGGUGCAGCCUGUAAACAUAACUAAAGUAAACUUGCUUGC